AUGGUAAGGAAUAACUUCUCUGAUUGGUUAGAGUCCAUUAAGAAGUCUGGAGAGAAGAUUGAAUCGACCCGGAAUCGUCGUUUUGAAGGUAAAACUGAUCCUGUUCCAAUCUUAUUCUCUCCUGAAACUGAAAAUGUUAAUGUUGUGAAAAUAGAAAUGGAUGAUAUCCAACAGGAGAUUGAGUAUUGGAACUCAGCUAUAUAUUGCUUUGUAGUUGGUGCUAAUCCCCCUGUUCAUGUAAUGGAUGGUUUUUUUCGGAGAAUAUGGAGAAAUAUGGGAAUAGAUAAGAUAGCAAUGGCAAAGAAAGGAGUAUAUGUAGUUAGGUUUACUACAAUCGAGAAGAGAGAUCAGAUUCUUGCAGGGAAUGUCCCAUUCUUUGAUAAGAAACCUCUGGUAGUGAAACCAUGGAAUGCUGAUGUAGAAAUGUGUAAGGAAGAUGUUACAGUGUUGCCUAUCUGGGUUCAGUUGCAACUAGACUUUAAAUAUUGGGGGGCAUCAUGCCUGGAGAAGAUUGUACGCCCAAUAGGGAAGCUAGUUAAUCUGGAUCAAGCUACAAAGGAAAGAGAAAAACUGAUGUAUGUUAGAGUAAUGUUAGAAGUGACAACUGGUCAGGAAUUCCCUGGGAGAGUUCAUUUCAUCAAUGAAAAAAAUCAAACGAUGGAGGUGCCUAUUCAUUAUGAAUGGAAACCAACUUUUUGUGAAGCUUGUAAGAUGAUGGGACAUGAGGCUAACCAGUGCACCAGGCCGCUGGUUAAACAAGUUUGGAGGAAAAAGCUGGAUACUGCAGAGGAAGGAGAGAAUGGAGCCAAAGGUGAAUUACCUAGGCAACAAGAGUUUCAGCAAGCUAAAAAAUCUGUUAGAAGAAGCUUAGCUAGAAAGGAAGGAGCUGAAACUAGUAACUCAUUUACAAUCCUAGAAGCUGUGAAUGAAGAUAGUAAUGAGGAGGAAAUGAUGCAGACAGUAAAUGAGUAA